UUCUACGUAAGACAAACUUGUAUCAUACUACAGUUUCAGUAAAUAAAACUACAAACACAUAAAAAAUUCCUUUAAAAGCCAUCAACCGACUUGAUCAUAGAAUUGAGAUCAUUUAUCACUUGUUUAUAAAUGAGCUAAAAGUGGCCUGCAUCUCUUUAACAAACUCUUUGCAUCUUAAAGCAAAUCAGUGGCACUUCAAAUGAGUGAACAUUUUGGUAUGUUUUUGCAUCAUGACCCCGUCAGUCUGCUCCUUGAACCGUUCAAGCAGGCCAUUGAAAAGACACAUUGUUUCUUAUUGAGUCUGUCUUCAGCUGUGUUCAGUGUGUAGGAGACUGAGACAGCAGAACACUGAAGCACAGCACAGCACUGCUGCCUACAGACAUGGGUUGUUAUGAAUGCUGUAUGCGCUGUCUGGGAGGAGUGCCGUACGUCUCUCUGGUGGCCACUCUGCUGUGUUUCUCUGGCAUUGCUCUGUUCUGUGGCUGUGGACAUCAGGCCCUGACAGAGAGUGAAAGACUUAUCGAGACUUACUUCACCCGUGACCAUCAGGACUACAUCACCCUAGCGUACCUUAUUGAGUAUUUUCAGUACAUCAUCUAUGGUCUGGCCUCCUUCUUCUUCCUGUACUGUAUAGUCCUGCUGGCUGAAGGCUUUUACACCACCAGUGCAGCUCGGCAGUCAUUUGGAGAAUUUCGUAGUACAGUUUGUGGUCGCUGUCUCAGCACAACGUUCAUCGUGAUCACGUAUUUCCUGGUUGUGGUCUGGUUACUGGUGUUCUCCCUCUCUGCGCUUCCUGUCUACUUUUUCUACAACAUGGCAAACACCUGUCACACUAUCAACAUCCUCUCUGAGACGCCCUCCAGCAUCAACCAGCUGUGCAUUGAUGCCAGACAGUAUGGUUUACUUCCAUGGAACGCAGUACCAGGAAAGGCUUGUGGGAUGACCCUGUCUAAUGUCUGCAAGACGAGAGAGUUUUUCCUGAUCUAUGAUCUCUACAUCGCUGCCUUCGCUGGAGCGGGAAUGACGGUCUUGGCUCUGCUCACAUACACUGUGUCCACCACCUAUAACUUUGCGGUUCUGCGGUAUCUGGGAAGGAAAGGCAUCAGUCCGCGCUGUUAAUGGCUGUUCUGUCCUGCUGUCCUUCUACGGUCAAUAACAGCACCAUAUUGGAGCACUUUCGAAAUUCUCAUCCUCAUCUUCUUUUCCACAACACAAUUUCCUGACAUUCUUUUAGAUUUUUUGGGAUGUAAAGAUUUACAUAUUUGGAAUCCUUGCUCCAAACUGCCUUUCAUCUGAUUUUUCUACCUAUAUACUGCUGCCGACCACUAGAGGAAAUAUUCUACCUUCAAGUCUUCUGGGAUGUUAUAACUGUGCUAAUGUAGCAAAACAUUAUGUAACAGCAUUGGGUGUGUAACAGAAUCUUUAUAUGUUUUAUCUUGUAUUUUGGUCACAAAAGCCUGUUGCCACCUAAAUGAGUUGCGUGUUCUAGGCAGCUUAUU